GUCGUUCGCGACCAGCGAAAGGUUCACGUUACUUGCAGGAACACUAAAGAAAGGAGGAAAAGCGGGUAGCGGAUAUCAACCCUGAUUUUAUUCAGAAAAGGUGUCAUAUGAUCUACAGACGCUGGUAUCUCAGUAUCCAUCUGCCCCCGAAGCCUCUGGCGAAGUUCAUCGUGGAAGGCUGAAAACAUUGAACGUUGAACACUGAGGCUUCUGGCCCGCAGCAGGAGGAAAGCUCAUUCAAUGUCUGUGCUGGCAGCAGUGACUGGUUCAGCGGCAGCGGUGCCAACAGCAGUCGUCCCAUGAGUUUUCUUUUGGCCUGAGCUGUCUGCUUUGGGCUCCGGCCUGGUUCGUCUGGAUCUCUGUGCCUCCGGCACCGCAGUCAUGGAUCACCCCAGAGAGAAGGAGGGCGAGAGGCCGGUCAGGAGCAGUAAAGUGGCCCAGGGGCGCAGCGGGCACUCUCGGCCCUCCAGCUCCUCCACGUCCUCUGGGGUCCUUAUGGUUGGACCGAACUUCAGAGUUGGCAAGAAGAUCGGCUGUGGCAAUUUUGGAGAGCUGAAGCUCGGAAAGAAUCUCUAUACGAAUGAGUACGUUGCAAUAAAGUUGGAACCUGUGAAAUCGAGGGCCCCGCAGCUACAUUUGGAAUAUCGAUUCUAUAAAACAUUAGGCAGUGCAGUAGAGGGUCUGCCUCAGGUCUACUAUUUUGGGCCCUGUGGGAAAUACAAUGCCAUGGUUCUGGAGCUGCUCGGCCCUAGUCUUGAGGAUCUCUUUGACUUGUGUGACCGAACGUUCUCCCUCAAGACCGUCCUGAUGAUCGCCAUUCAGCUGAUAUCCCGCAUGGAGUACGUGCAUUCUAAAAACCUCAUCUAUAGGGACGUAAAGCCAGAGAACUUCCUCAUCGGUCGACAAGGAAACAAGAAGGAGCACAUCAUUCACAUCAUAGACUUUGGCCUUGCGAAAGAAUACAUUGACCCAGAAACCAAAAAACACAUUCCUUACCGGGAGCACAAGAGCCUUACCGGCACAGCUCGAUACAUGUCUAUUAAUACACACUUAGGGAAAGAGCAAAGUCGAAGGGAUGACCUUGAGGCCUUGGGUCACAUGUUCAUGUAUUUCCUCCGGGGUAGUCUCCCUUGGCAGGGACUAAAAGCUGACACGCUUAAGGAACGCUACCAGAAGAUUGGGGACACAAAGCGAAACACUCCCAUUGAGGUUCUCUGUGAGAACUUUCCCGAGGAGAUGGCCACCUAUCUGCGCUACGUCCGGCGGUUGGAUUUCUUUGAGAAGCCUGAUUACGAAUACUUGCGGACCUUGUUUACGGAGUUGUUUGAACGGAAAGGAUAUACCUUUGAUUACUCGUAUGACUGGGUUGGCAGACAGAUUCCCACACCGGUGGGGUCGGUCCACGUUGACUCAGGGGCAUCUGCCAUCACGCGUGAGAGCCACGCACACAGAGACAGACCCUCUCAGCACCAGCCCUUAAGGAAUCAGACGGCCAUCUCCGACCGCAGAGGAGCUUGGGAGGUGCAGCCCAACCGCCAGACAAACUCCUCCUACCUGACCUCGCACCUGGCAGCGGACAGGCACGGAGGCUCAGUGCAGGUGGUGAGCUCAACUAAUGGUGAACUGAAUGCAGAUGACCAGCUGGCGGCCCACUCGAACGCACCAAUCACAGCGCAGGCAGAAGUGGAGGUGGUGGAUGAGGCCAACUGCGUGAAAAUGCUCAACCUGUGGUGCUGCUGUUUCUUCAAGAGGAAGAGGAAGAAGAACACUCAACGGCACAAAUGAACCUCCGGCCUCUCCGCACAGUCCGUUCCUUUGGUUGUUUUUAGAGCAUUCAAAUAAAGAAAUUUUACAAGACGACAACAGUGAGCCCUCCAAAACGAGUUGGGGACCGAUGUAUGAAAAACGAAGAGGCACGCACACGUUGUCUCUGUGGGGAUUGUCUUUGUUUCGUUUCGUUUGUUUUCUUCCGCAUCUUAAUUUAGGCAGCGACGGGCCUCAUCCUCGGACUGUCUCUAGGAUCUUCACGCAAAACCUAAGGAUCUCAAAGCACUGGAACAGCAGCGCACUUCAUUUGCUGUUUUGCUUUUCUUUUUCUUUUUUUUUCGUUUCCCCUCGUCCUCGGCUGCGGACGUGCCGGGGAGGGAGUCUCUGAAUGUGCCCUCUCGUCCUCUUCCUCCGCGACAGGCACGGUUCUAGCCCUUUGCGAGACACGGAGGGAGCGAGAGAGAGACAAAGUCGCCCAUGCUGGAGCUCGAACCGCAGAUCUUUUCUUCCCCCGAGCACCUCCCGGCCCACUUCCACUCCAAACGAGACGGUGGCUUCUUGAUUUCACACCCAACCCUUUUUUUUGAAAUGUUUGUUUGUGUAUUUGUUGGCUGAUUGUUGGUUCUCAUGCUGCCAGGAAGUGGUCGAAGCCUUAGAAAAUGACUAGCAGAUUUCUUUGUCGUAUCUAUCGGAGUGAUUUAACGUACAUGGGCAAAGCGCAAAACAAAUAGCUGUCGUAAUGAUGCUAGCUGGCCUUUACACGUGAACUUUGUGAAAGUGUGACAUAAGCAGCUGUUUCCAGUGGUAACGAUGGGCGGCGUUCGCCACGCGUGAGCCUCCGUUCCACUGACUAGUAUUUAAGCUGCUUGUUCUAAAGCACUCCUCCCACUUCAACCCACCAGCCAGUCAUGCUGCUUUCUCCUCUUACGAUAUCGUACCGCUUUGACGUACAGCUGGCUGCUUUUCUAUUGGCUGAGGUAGCCAGUAAGAAUUUCCUUGCGCUUUUGUAUCUUUCUGUCCAUAUAGUCACUUAUUAUUCCCACGACCAGUUCCUAAUAGAUGUUGUUUUUUAUGCCUGAAAACUGCUAAUUGUUCAGGACGAUAAUGACGUUUCAUGUGCCAGAGUGGCUCGGAAAAACACCUCAGCUCGUUCGUUUGAAGUAAAAGAUGCCGCGAAUAAUGUAAUAACGGCCAUUUGGCAGGCGUUCACCUAAAGUCGUUUAGUCGUGAGCUGGGAGGACGCAGACUGACGGUAGUAACUGCCAUUGCGAAACAUCUCGAUUUUAAUGCCUUAACAUUAAUCGGCAGAUACCACCUGCAAUAGGACAUGAAACUCCUCCCAUGCCUUCAUACUGACCUGAUACAUGUCCCUUCAGGAACCUCACUUGGCAGGGUUCGAGUCAACGAAUUCGAACACAAAUCGGAUUAUUGGCAGAAAACGCCGAAAGACCCAAUGAAACGGCCUGUUCAUAAAUGCUAUAUAUAUAUAUAUAUAUAUAUAUAUAUAUAUAUAUAUAUAUAUAUAUAUAUAUAUAUAUAUAUAUAUAUAUAUAUAUAUAUAUAUAGUGGCCAUAAGUGUAUUCUGAGACGGGGCAGCCCUUGACCUCUUGCAUGGAUGAGGCGGUCCUUUCCUAAGCGCAAUCCUUCAGACAGGAAUUGCGUAAAAUGGGGAUAUAUGCGAAACGAUUACUGUAGUUCUGUUGUCGUCGGGGUUUUUUUGUUUCGAUUGUUUGUUUUACUUCAGAGAAUCAUUAAUCUCAAGUCGUGAUGUUGCCUUGCUCAUUUCUUGGUCUCACCGUUCACUUAUUCACAGCAUUAAAUCCACGUUUUAUUUUGCGAUCUUUCUAAUGUAUAGUAAAUGUGAAUUAAUGUAAGAUAAAUUAUAUAACUAUUAUUUUAUUUCGUUUUUUGAUCACCGUACAAAAGUUGAGAGAGAAGCCAUAGGAGUGUGUGACUGCACUAAAGUUUUCUUAGGCCCUUGUUUACUUCAGCCUGUGCAUUGCUGUAUCCUGCUGACCUUUCGUAAGUGACGGACGUAAACUAGGCUGUUCGAAGAGUCUACCAUGCCUGUUAUGUUUUUGGAAAUUGAGGGCCUACGGAUGGCAUGCUUUGAAUGUUCCUACAAGAGCAGUGGAUGAAUGAGCGUCGGACCAAAUCGAUAAGGCGAAUGGGCACAGAUUCUUUAUUAGCAUGUUUCCACCUCUUCACUCAACAGUUGAGUAAUCCAGCCAUCUGUUUCCACUCGUUUAUAUAUGUAAAUAGUAACUUGGUGAGCUCUCACCGACCCAUUCCUUGUUGGAUUCACCUUGUGGAAUGAUUUCCACCGCGUAGGAACGAAAGUUGGCGGAGUCAACUAACCGUUUUCGCAAAUGCGUAAAAAAAAAACUUUCUGUGUAUUUCCGAUGUGACAGUUAUUUAAUAGAUAUUCCUUAUGCUUGUCCACUGUGACGCAGGUCACUUUGGGUCUAAAUUAUUCUGUGAAAAGUACUUGAAUAAUACUCUUGAGAAAAAAACGUCUCGCACAUGCUUCGAGGCUGCAUUUUAUUUAACGUUCUUUUCUUGACGAUAUGUAUUACGUGCCUCGCUAGGGUUGGAAGACAAUUUAGUAUUUCUGGAUGUGCACUGCUUGCUAUUGCCAGGUGCGUCUGGCUCCAAGGAGAAUAAUUUGGGCGGAUUUAACCCCUUAAUUCUCGCUGACGCCCUUCCAAAGUCGAAGGCCUUGGCUUGUUACGGAGGCGUUUGGAAUUGAUUUUUGGAUAUAAGUGGAAUGUGAAAUCGUUUAGCUUUGGAUUAAUGGAUGGGGAAGAUGGUCGUACACACAGAUGUGCUUUGGGAUUACGAGCAGACGGCGAUUAAGGCGCCACCUGCUGGAUAAAUAUGACUCGUCCAUGUUAAACACUACACUGAAAUCACACUCUUAAUAUGCUAUUUGAAGUAGUUUGAGGGUUGGCUAGAACCGACGUUGUUCCUUAUUACUGGAAUUUUGGAUAAUGCGAUCAUAAUGACUACUGGCUCUCGUCAACUGCAAGGUGAUGACUAUUUCAAACCAUUUUUCAUUUUUUAAUUUUCUUCUUUAUUUUUUUAAAGACUGUACCAUAUGUUUUUGUACCCUUUUUUUUGUAGGUUUUGUUUUAAUAAAGAUGGUGUUAUGGCCUUCUAAGUCCAGUUGAGUUUUAAACAUGCAACAAUUCCACGAAAGCGAUUGAUUUUCCCCAAAAGUCAAGUCAUUCAGGAAGCAUUCUGGGUCCUUUUUGGAGAGGCGUUUGUGUACCGUUUCCAUUUCCUUUUGAAUUGCCUUUUGCUUUCGUAUCAUGGUUCUGGUCACUUUACAGUGCCGCAGAUUUACAUACAGAGAGGUAAAUAGAGUUAUUCUCCUAAAAUCGGAGUUAGUGACAUUAAUGCAGAUUUUAUGUGCAUGGCUUUUGAUUCCCGAAAGCAAUGGAAACUACUUGUAAAUGGGGCACUGAAGAACAUUGUGGGCAUGAAGUUGAUACACUGUUAUUCUAUGGCUGCGUAAUGCCUUAAACAUGCUACUGCAAGUCUGACCCCUCUGUACGCUUGAGUUCAGCAGGUAAAUGUCCACUGCGUACUAUUUUGACGCUGUAUACUGUAUUGCCCUUCCAUUGUCUGCUACAGUCAUGGCUUUUUUUUCUCUCUGAAAAAUGUAAUCAUUCCUGUCUCAAGGUUUUAGUUAAUGUGGGAACUUGUUGAGAUUUUUUUUUUUGUUUUGUUUUGUUUUUUUAUAAAAACAGUCCAAUCUGGUUAACUGCUCAUUUUUAAUGACCUCGGAAUGAUUAUAUUACAGGAGUCUGGUAGGAAAGCACUGCAAUAUUUGAAUUCUCUUUUUCUAUGAGUUUUUUUGUAGUGUUUCUUUCAGUAAGGAUGUUUCUGUACUUCGAACAUAUUAAAAACUGAAUUGUACAGUACUGCAAGAGUCAUUCUCUUGUUCUGGUCAUACUUACAAAGAUACUUUAAAUUUCAUUGUAUUAUGGAUUUAUUGUGUUGAAAUAUGAAUGUUGCUUAAAUGUAUUUCAAUGAUUUUACUUUGUCAAGGGCUUCAACUGUGAUGGACCCGUUUUGUUUUCUCCUCCUCUCUUUCUCUCUCUCUCUCUCUCUCUCUCUCUUUCUCUUUAAAUCUUUAAAUAUAUUUUGUUUUUAAGUUGCAGAAAGAUUAAGGCCUUAAUCUUAAUCUUAUUUAAAAUGCCUAUUUUCCUGAGGAGUCAUAUAAAAUUCCAUACGUAACCUUUCAAAUUAAAUUUUUAUUCCCUCCACUCUUAAAGGGAAACUCAAGUUUGCACCCUUUUUUAUGUAAAAUAAAAGAAAAUGUCUCUUAACCACUGA